GUGGCGUAGGGGCCAGGCGCCGCGAUGGGGGUGGGGGAAAGGGGGCCGAGCCGCCACCGCCGUCGCCGCUGUCGCCGCAAUCGCUGUGGGUGUUUGCGUUUGGGGCCGGGCUGCUUGGACCAUCUCUGGGACAUGUCCACUUGAGGAUCUCCCGGCACCCCUCGGCCGUCCGGAGCCUCCGUCAGCCCUUCCUCCACCCCUGGCGCCAUGGGGUCCAUCCUGAGCCGCCGGAUCGCCGGGGUGGAGGACAUCGACAUCCAGGCAAACUCGGCCUAUCGGUACCCUCCCAAGUCCGGAAACUACUUUGCCACACACUUUUUCAUGGGAGGUGAGAAAUUCGACACACCCCACCCUGAGGGUUACCUCUUUGGAGAAAACAUGGAUCUGAACUUCUUGGGCAACAGACCAGUGCAGUUUCCCUAUGUCACGCCUGCUCCCCAUGAACCUGUGAAGACCCUGCGAAGCUUGGUGAAUAUUCGUAAAGACUCUCUACGACUUGUUAGGUACAAAGAUGAUACUGACAGCCCAACAGAAGAGAAUGAGAAGCCAAGGGUCACAUAUAGCCUGGAGUUCACGUUUGAUGCCGAUGCUCGAGUUGCUAUCACAAUAUACUGCCAAGCAAUGGAGGAGUUCAUGAAUGGGAUGGCAGUAUACAGCACAAAGAAUCCUUCUUUGCAGUCCGAGACAGUCCAUUAUAAGAGAGGAGUGAGCCAGCAAUUCUCCCUUCCUUCUUUCAAGAUUGAUUUCUCAGAAUGGAAGGAUGAUGAGCUGAACUUUGAUCUGGACCGGGGCAUAUUUCCAGUAGUGAUCCAGGCUGUUGUAGAUGAAGGAGAUGUUGUGGAAGUAACUGGUCAUGCCCAUGUGCUAUUAGCUGCUUUUGAGAAGCACGUUGAUGGCAGUUUCUCUGUGAAACCUUUAAAACAGAAACAGAUUGUGGAUCGAGUCAGCUACCUCCUCCAAGAAAUCUAUGGUAUUGAAAACAAAAACAACCAGGAAACCAAGCCCUCUGAUGAUGAGAACAGUGAUAACAGCAAUGAAUGUGUCGUGUGCCUGUCUGACCUUCGAGACACUCUGAUCCUUCCCUGCCGACACCUUUGCCUUUGUAACUCAUGCGCUGAUACCCUGCGAUAUCAAGCAAAUAACUGCCCCAUCUGCAGGCUGCCUUUCCGGGCCCUCCUACAGAUCCGGGCAGUGAGGAAAAAGCCAGGAGCGCUGUCCCCUGUCUCAUUCAGCCCUGUCUUAGCACAGAGCAUGGACCAUGAUGAACACUCUUGUCCCUUUAAAAAAUCAAAGUCGAACCCUGUCUCAUUGGCCAGCAAGAAACCUAAAAGGGAAACAAACUCUGACAACAUCCCACCUGGAUAUGAGCCCAUCUCCUUGCUGGAAGCUCUAAAUGGCCUUCGCUCCAUCUCUCCAGCGAUUCCUUCAGCUCCUCUUUAUGAAGAAAUUACUUAUUCAGGGGUUUCCGAUGGGCUCUCUCAAGCUGGUUGUCCUCUUGCUGGACUUGAUAGAACCUUGGAGAGCAGCCUUCAAAAGAGCAAGCCAAACAAGUCUCCAGAUAGCACAUUACGUUCCCCAUCAUCUCCGAUCCACGAAGAAGAUGAAGAGAAAUUGUCUGAAGAUUCCGACUCGCCUCCCCCACUAAGUGGUGCUGAGCUAGUCCUCCGGGAGAGCAGCUCACCAGAGAGCUUCAUAACUGAGGAAGUUGAAGAGGUGCCAUCGCUAAAGCAAGAGAGCCAAGCUCCAUCCAUAGAAGAUGUCUUACAGGACAGCAGUUCUGAGCACAGAAGCCUUAAUCAACCUGGGACUGACCCUCCAGCUGACAUAUACCUACCAGGAAGUUCAGCCUCAAUGGAGACUCCCCAAAGCCACAAUACGAAUGGUUCUACUCGGCCUCCGCUCAGUGACCCCAACCCUGAAUAUCAGGAGGCUGAACUGACUUCUCUCUAAGAUCUCAGCCAGGGAGUGGUUUGGAGCCUUCAGCUCAUUAGGCCUUUGUGGAAGGGCCUUUCGAUCUGGACACCAAAAUACACGCACAGACUCUCCUCUCUGCAUCCAUCCUCUGUGGGAAGACUGGGCUCCGAGAUGCCACACAGACUUUGACCGAAAGAGCACAGCUAACCUUACGUUCUGAUUACUUCCCUUUUUGUAUGUUAAAUUUAUUUGUAAAUGGUACAAGAUGAAGGACAGCAGCUUUUAUUGUGGAGCCAUCAGGGCUUUUUCUUCUGCAAUGCCCCAUUGGCUGGGGUAGCCAGGACUCAGGAGGUAUUUCCUUCCCAGAGAACGGAAGUAACUGUUUCUAAGGCCAACCUGGAGUUGGCACCGGUUGCAUUUUUAAAGCCUGCCAUAUUUCUGAAACUUGGGGUUCUGGGCUAGUAAGCUCCCUAAGGUGGCAUUUUAUCUCCACAGAGGAUCUUAGGGAGUAGGUGAGACAUUUUCCUCAAAGGUGGUUUUGAAGGGGGAUUUUAACUUUGUUUGAGGGUGGGGGGGGGUGGGAGGAACCUUACAAAAGAAGAAGGGGAAUCAAAUCAAAGUCUAUGAAGGAAAAUAUAGUGUAUAUUUUGUAACACACAAUGGCUCAUAGUAGCCUUUUGCUGUUGCUGGUGUUUGCAUUGUCAACAUGCUUGUUUGUCACAGGCAUGACCCUACUGCCUGUGUAGUGUCUUCUCAUUCAUGCCUCCUUAUGAUGUGGCCGUACUCUCUGCUUUUUAUUUCAGCUGUUGGCCAUUUGGGCUUAAGGCAAUUAGUCCUUUCCUCCGAAGGGAUUCUAAGAUCGUUUAUUUUCACCAGGAUUUUUCAGGGAGAGAGUUCAUCUAGUUGGAGGACAUUGAUUUCCAGAAGCAAAACCGAUUCUGCCAGGUCUGUUUAAUGACCUACAAGCCCCCACGGGAUGCCCGAGUUAAAAACAGUGUCCUCUGCCCUGGGAAGGUAGUUCUGACCACAUGAAUUGUAGUUAAACUACCAGGAAAGUCUCUAGAUGUUAUCCUCAUGUGGUUUGGCCUUCCUUGCAAGCUCCCUGGCAUGGGAUCUGUAGUUUGGAAAUGAAGUUUGGUUGGGAUCAAAAGCACAGAAAAGGAAGAUUUGGUUUUAAACGAAGUCAGCACUUUGCCUGCCAUGUGCACCUCCUCCUGGUUAGGUGCCUUUCUUUCUCCGAGUGUUGAACUUCAUAAAAGUUGCCAGAAUAUCUAAGUCAUGCAGUAGAUUUAGGAAAUCCUUGGAAAUCAGCAGCUGCCAAACUGGCACAGCCAGGCCUGAAACAGGCUCUUUCCCAUGGAGAGAGCACCGGAUAGACUUCCUGCUCUUAGAGUCUAAUAUUUCUCUGUCGGUUUGUAGGCCUCCCCUGUCUCAGGCUCCCCUGCCCCACUGUUAACAGGUCUGAGUAGGUUUCAGUAGCCUUGUGAGACGCCCCUUCCAGGGGGCAGUCGAGAUGCAUCGCUUCCAAGAGAGCCUUUUCUGCACUAUCAUUUAAAUGGAGAUGUCUUGGCCGAAAGGAAACAUUUCAUAAACGUCGUUACUCACUGUACGUUCACUAUACCAGCAGAGUGACGGGGCCCUGGUUAGAGAGAGCAUAAAUGGGCCUCGAGGGGCCUAGCUGGAGUAACUCCAGAAAUGGCCUGGGCCUCCGUUCUUAGUUCUGCUCCAUGUGCCACAGCAGCCAAACAAGGCAAAAGCAGGUGCCUCCGCAGGCACACGUUCUUACUUAGCCCUGGGCAGAUGUUGUUCUGGUUCAUAAGCGACGUCCUCUAAAUGAACUGGAAUGGCUAAGCCCUGUCCUCCGGUAGAGUUUGCUCAUGGUUCCCUGUCCUGGCCCUCAGGAUUUAGAGACUGUAGGCAGACGGCUUUCAGAACGAGACUGGGCUGCUCAGAAAGAGAGCCCCCAUUGGGACCCUUUCCUGGACCAGAAUUCAGGCCCCUCCCCCGAGUUCUCUCAAGCGUUUGUUUAGAACUUUUUAGGGAACCUGAAGCACGAGCCUCAUGCCCCAAGCUGAAGUCACAUUCCAAGGCUAUUCCCUGAGGAGUCUUUUUCAGGUCAUUAAAUAGUCCUGCCUAGACUGUCACCAAGACCCUGCUGGCUGCCUGGAAUGCGAAGACCCUUCAGUGGGGCCGUGGCAGUCCUCACCAGCUAACCCCCAGCUAAGAAGGCCUCAGGCCCGGCCUCCUGUUUAGGCUGCAGUCACAAGAAACAAGGCAUGGCCCCAUAGUGAAUACUGCUGGGGUACAACAGACAAUAGUUACGUUCGCUUGAAACGAGUUGCUAAACCGCAGGUACAGAUGUCCAUCUGAGAAGACAGAGGCAGCAGAGUCCAGAUGGUGGAAAGCCGGACUAACUGGCCCCCGGCAGUGGCCUCACAGCCUGUGUGUGUGUGUCAGCCAAGGUCCAUAUUUGUGUUCUCUGUCCUCAUGGAUGCAUAGAGUUUGGGCCAGAGAUCUUGUACUGGGUGCCUUGUUUUGCACAGGGGGACAGACUGGAGUAGAGUUGUGUACUGAAGACACUAACUUCUUUUUUUUCCUGUAAUUGCUACUUGUGAAUCUGGCCGUGUGGCCGCUACUCAGGGCUCUUUCCGGCCCUGAAGACAGACUGCUUUGUGCACAUAGCUUUCCCCACGGCGCCCCAGGCUUUUCCCUGUCCGGUCCCUCCCCCCAGCUGCCCCUGGACACAGUCCAGAUUUCUCCUUCCUGCACGCCGCUUCCCUCUUUCCCCAUCAAGCCCUUCCUCUUCAAUUUUGGUGCCAGUACUUUGUCUAAGGGAUGAACCGCAGAUUGGCUCAUCUUGGAAAUGUGCUAUUAUUUGAUGUAGUCUGAUUGAUUAGGUUUUUGUUUGUUUAUAUAUUUAUAGUAAUAAAUUCAUGCAGCAAUA